UCCCUGUGCUGCAUCCAGAGUGUGUAAUAAGCAGCAGCAGCAGCAGUUCCAGCAGCGAGACAGCGGCAGCAUCACCCACAACGGGAGGUCCCACAGGCUGCAAGUAGGAGGGGAGCUAAAGCUUUCCCAGAGGAGCAGAAGCGACUAAGCAGUAAAGAAGCAUCACCGUCUGGCUGGACGCAGAGCGACAAAGCAUCCAUAUCCAGCUGUGCCAGAGGCAGGAUGGUGAUUAAAGUUUAUAUCGCGACGUCUUCGGGCUCCACAGCGAUUAAGAAGAAACAGCAAGAUGUCCUAGGGUUUUUACAUGCUGUUAAAAUUGAAUAUGAAGAAAAAGAUAUUGCAACCAAUGAAGAGAAUCGAAAGUGGAUGAGAGAGAAUGUUCCUGAGGAUUGCCGACCAACAAAUGGUAUCCCACUACCUCCUCAGAUCUUCAAUAAAAGCCAAUAUUGUGGGGAUUAUGAUGCCUUCUUUGAAGCACGAGAGAAUAAUGUAGUCUAUGCUUUCCUUGGGUUGACAGCCCCACCUGGUUCAAAGGAAGCUGAGGCUUUGGCAAAGCAGAAUGCAGAAUCAUCAUAACCUGAAUGAUGAAGAACCAAACCAAAAGUUCCAGAGCUUUUCCAAGCCUCCAAAAUGCGCUUUCAGCUAAACAAAACAAUGUAUCUCUGCUAAACUUUUAACCCUUAAAUGUAACAUGGUAUUACCGGCUUCUUUGGCAGUGUGGGGGUUGGGUCUGUUCUGCGACUUAUGAAGAUGCCACUGUAUGUGCCAAAAGGAACUCUUGUAUUAAUAAGGAGACAGGAGGGAAAGGCCAUUGUAAGAUAUGUCAUUGGCGGUUUUGUAAACUUAACAUAAUAGUUGUAAAUUAUUUGAUAUCUUGUGCCAACCCUUAUUUCUUCCUCAAAAAACUUAGACCUGAGCCAAUUUUGUGAUUUCCCUUUCAACACAGGAAAUGUUGAAAUCAUUUGCAAGGGUUUCCUAAAUUGUGACAGUAUAAUGUCUGUUAGUGACCAAUUUCUUUUUUUUUUUUUUUUACAUCUGAAAUGUAUUUUUGUUAUGAUAAAUCAAAAAGGGGAGGUGGAGAGAAAGACAACAUUGGACACAAAGGUGCACUAAAAGUUAUUGGUGCAGGGACCAUGAACAUGGUACUAAUUCUGGUUACCAUAACAAAGUAUAUGAAUUCUAAUUUGGCUAAAAAGUAAAAAGAUUUAGCUCCAGAACAGCGGUGUGCUGGAGCAUGCACAAUGGAGAGAUCCAAGUCAAAUUAUUUCCCAUAAUCCUGAAAACCAAAUCAAUCAAUUUUUUUUUUUGUUUCAACUUAAACAGACCUCCAGUAGAAUUCUUUGGUGUUCCUGUUAUCAAACUGUAGCGUGAGCAUUAUUCAUUAAUGAAUUAGUCAUAAAAUGGGCUGAUGUUGUGCCUGUAUGGUUUUUUUUUUUGGCUUCCACACAAGAGUUUGCAGACAGGACGCCAUAACUGUAUGUAGAACUUUUGCUGCACUAUAUUAGUUCUUCAUAUUCAGCUUGCCCUCUGCCCAUAGUUUGGGGACCUCUACAUUUGAGUCUACAAUCCCAUCAUAUUUAGCCAGCAGUCCUUAUGGUUUUUUUUUUUUACUCUUGAUGGCAUAGGAUUGGUAAUCAUUUACCAUAUAACUUAAUUUAGAAUAAAUUUACAUGGAGAGAGAGAAUGGCAAGUGGUUUAUUUUAAAAGGUUCCAAAGACCUGUUGUUGUGUCCUAAGGCAAAGUUCCCUUUAUGUUGUGUUCUAGUGCACAUGAUCUAUAAGAAGUUAAAAAGGGAACUUUGAUCUGAUGAUUAACUAGUUUUGCUUUCUAUUUUCAGACAUCAAGUAUUUGCCAUACUAAUCAAACAUUUUUAUAAACAUAUAUCUCUCGUUGAAAGAAAUACAUUGUUUUACCAAAUGUACCUUUGAAGUUAGUGUCAGGGUUUGACCUGAGUGCAGUUAUUAACCCUCAAGCCGUUAGUUCCUCACCUUCCCUUGCUUUGCACAAAUCUCUGCUUUACCAGUUUUAUAAUGAACGAUUAACAGAAAUAAAAAUAGAAUACAUGCUCUAAGCCUUGCAGGAAUGUGCUAAGUACUAUAGUCAGACGGCUUUUCUUUUUAAUUAACAGAAUGCAUUAUGCUUCUCCAGGUCUCCUUCUAACCCUGAAAAUCAGCAUAACCCUAAAUAGGUGUGUGCACACAAUCCUGAAACCGCUGCACCCAAUGGGUUGAAAUUGCAAUUAAGUGAAUGUAUGUGCUAAAUCUGACUGUAGACAAGUUUGGGUUCUAACAUGUACUGUAUUACAAAUAGUUCAUUUAAUCUAAAAGUAGGGGGUUGAAGUUUUUUUUUAAAGAGACAGUACUUCGACUAUCGAAUAGUCGAACGAUUUUUACUACGAAUCCUUCGAUUCAAAGUCGUAGUCGAAGGUCAAAGUAGCCCAUUCGAUGGUCGAAGUAACCCAAAAAAUACUUCGAAAUUCGAAGUUUUUUUACUUCGAAUCCUUCACUCUAAUUUAGUGAAUCGGCCCCCAAGUGUAGCAAUAGCGUUAGUUUGCUUACAUUUUAUUUUUAAUAUUCAAGGACAUUUACUUAAAUAAUAUUACUUUUUAUAUAAUGUUUCGCUGUGAAUCAAUCAAGAUGCUUCUUAUAUUCAAUCAAUACCAUUUAGCAUCAGACCUUGGGCACAAAGUCACUGUAUAAUAAUUUAAGCAAUUUUACUGUUUCCAAAUAUAAGAGAUAUCAGAUUCAACUCUGCUCAUUUUUUCCAAAAAAGAAAAAUAAUAUUUGAAAGUACAAGUAAGUUAUAAUUCCUCUUUUAUGGUACUUAAUUUAGGAAAGGCGGAUGCAGACUUUAUUGCAGGUGUACAUCAAGAACUUAUGGAGAGCAGUGAUGGCUUUUGUGGCCCUGGAAGAUAAUGUGCCUUGUGUAUAUUUUCUAAAAGUCCAACUCUGCAAAAUAUACUAAAGUAGAAGACAUUUUGAGGGCUAUUUUCUAUAGAGCAUAUUUUUUCUAGUCUUCUAGCCUUUCCACUCAAUUCCUCAGCUUUUCUCUGCUCCACUUCUUGUUUAUACCCAUUCUUUAUGACCCGCAGGGGCACAUAUAUUAACACUAGCACAAUUGCCUCAGUUCAGUAACCAAUACCAUUGUAUCAGCGUUUAACUUUGAUCACUCCUCUGAAUGUAGAAUAUUGAGAGCAACUAGCCAAUUGGUUGCUGUAGUUUGCUGCACUGAAACAUUUUCACCCAGUGUCGGGAGAUGGUAUGUUAUAUUAUAUUGUGUAAAAUGCAUGCUGUCAAAAAGAAAUGUUCUUCAGGGAGACCAUUUGUUCUUCUUGUGCUUUUAUUAUUGUAUUUAGGUUUGAUGCAACAGUAUCCACUUUUGUCAACACUGGGUUUAAUAGGUGCCUUUCAACACCUUCCUUUUAGAUGCCAUAGAGGAGUAGAAUGUGAUACCCUACAACAGGGGUCUCCAACCUUUUUAUACUCAUGAGCCACAUUGAAAUGUAAAAAGAGUUGUUGGAGAGCAACACAAGCAUGAAAAUAGUUCCUAGGGGUGCCAAAUAAAUGCUGUGAUUUGAUAGCCCCUAUGCGGACUGGUAUCCUAUAGGAUUUGGCAUUAUACCUGGUUUUUAUGCAACCAAAACUUGCCAUAUAAAUCCAUUUUGUUCUGUGAUGGACGAGUGGAAACCACAGUGCUUCUUUAGCUGUAUGAAGUCAUCAAACAAUGAAAAAGAACAUGCGUCAUUGCAUUUUACUGUGUUUUGGAAUACCUUUUUUAUGUGUGGUUCAAAGAAAAAAUUAUGUUUCUGCUUUCAAAUAAAGAGCUAAGCACUUAAACUUCAAACCCCAGUGUCUUAAUUGCAACAAAAACAAUCACAGUUUUUUGCUAAACAACAUGGUUCACAUACUGUAUCAAGAAUAAUUCUUCAUCUGUGCAACUUUCUUCUGUUUAAGGCUCUUAUUGGGUUGCUAUUACUGCUCAUAUUGUCUCACUAAUGCGUUAAGUAUGUGUAGAACUGUAUCAAGUCUUAAGGGAAUUGAUUUCUUUUCCAAGAUGUCUUCAAUAAAGGAAUGGUCAAAUGCA